CUUUGUCGUCAAGAAACCAUACAAUGGAUGCCGAUUUAAAAUAAGUAAAAAUGAUUAUUCCAUUCCUGAUACUCGGGCUGGGUCUGCAUCUAAUAGCCGCAGAUCGUCAGAGCCUUUUGAACCGAAUGAAAGACAAGAGUUGGCCGUGGUUCGGCGACUGCUACAGCCAGAAGUGUCCAGCCCCACAGAACGAUGUCACGAACUGCUUCAACCUCAAGCCAGGAAAAGCCGAGUCGGUUCUUGAACGGAUCGGAGUGACCAACGUGGAACUGACCACAGAUCUGGAAGUCUCCUUCGCAAGCCCAGCCGAAAACGUUGACGUUUGUGGUAAAGCCAUUCAGAUGCCGGAAGUCCGGCCAUUUAAACUGGACAGUAAUGGACUAGCCUUCACUAAUCGUCUGAAGCUCGGUGCGGAGAUCUACCGGCAGCCCCCCAAACUGUCGUGGACCCUCCCUGCCACCACGCCCCUGCAUCUGAUGCUCUUUGAUGUUGGUCUCUUCAUCGUGCGCGGGUAUUGGAGGAAAGUAAAAUCCGAUCAAGGCUUCACGGGAGAGAUGGAAUACCAAUACAGGCCCCCCGCCAACCCUCUGCCCGUGCCCAACCCCAUCCUGAUUCUGUUGUUAGAGGCACCAGCCAGUACAAACGACGACGCCUAUCAUAGUAACCCGUUUACGCAAGCUUGUGACGCCACCAGGCCUAGGACGGCUGCUGGGGCGCAGACUUGCAUUGCGGCCUUAGCACAGCUACAGAGCGACUAUAAAAUCCGAGGUAUGCAGGUGUACUACACUGAUGGUUCCAGCAACUUUGAGAAGUUCAUGGCCUGUGCUGAGGGUUAUAUUUGUCAUACCGCCUGUCUGGAUCAGCAGCGCCAAUACGCCGAGAGUGAGAAGAGUCACGUGACCUUUCUGGACAUGAACACAGCCCAACUGACCAUGUACGUCAAUGUCUACUACUCAGCUGCUUUUAUGGAUUCGAAGACUAGCGGCUGUUGUGGAAUGAUGAACUCAAAUGCGUACACAUUUCGUCCCCGACCAGGGGACAACCUGAAGGUGGACGAGACCAUUAAGAUACAUCUUGGUGAAGGCUAUAAUCCUGUUAUGUUGGUAGAAGUGUCAGGGCCAGAAUCUGUGUAUAAAGAGGACUUUUUAUACUCCGUGUUUUUUAUCGGCCCUGUCAAUGGCAAUGAGCCACCCCCCAUAAACUGUCUGUUUUCAAACUUCAAAAUCACAGAUCAGGUCAUACACAUGCAGCCGUCUCAACUGAUUGGGGAAUGUUCUGGACCGACCCUCUCGGGAAUGGAAACUUACAGAUUGUACCAUGUCCUGUUCCAGCACACGACUCAACUCUCCUCGCUACCAGAGAAAACAGCCGGCAGUAAACUCUUUGAUAAAUCCAAGCUACCUGCGGACUUCACGCUCAGGGCCAUCUCGUGGUUUCUCGCGGGGAAUGACGCGUUUUCUAAAACCAACUGCAAUGAUCCUACCCCGGCCUGUCCCACUCAGAGUGAACCGCCAAUUCCACCACCCUUUUCGUUUACCAAUCCUGAAAUGGGUACAACACCAGUCGACUCAGAAGCGGACAAGUUCGACUUCUCUUGCGGUCACGCCAUGACAACCGGCGGGACGACCGUCGGGACGACAGCGGAGGGGGCGGCAACAACAACAGCGAAUGCCAGGAACACAACGGCAAAAAGCCAGGCAAACUCCGUCAGCGCUAAUGUAAAACUAGUUUUGUUGUCGGCCAUCUUGCUGAGCUUGGCUUUACCAAAAUAAAUCAUUGGUUUCGGAUUUUUUAAAAAUAUUUUCAAGAAGCUCGUGAGCCAUUGUUUUCAUCUAGCUCACAAGCUCAACCAGUUUUAUGAUAUUUUUUACAAGUCCUAUUGACUUUUUUACUAAAGCCUUACCACAAAGACAUGUCUUAUUAAUUUUAAGACUUUUGGCCAAUUAAAAAUAUAGAAGUUUAAUUCGGUAUCUGUAUUACAUAACAUCUAAUAAACAUCCGAUCUACACACAUAAA